AUGGUGUCGGAAAUGAGAAGUUGUCGUUAUGAGAGGUCGCCGCCGACCACUUCCAGCCCCCCGUUCGUGAGCAGCACGACCCCGUACUCAGACUGCUCGUCUUUUCCUCAGCAACUCUCCUACCCGGGUAGAGACAUCCAGAAACUGCCCCUUCAGCAGCAGCCGCCUUACUACGAACUCGGGAACGAAGGGUACGGAUGCUACGAGAAAACGGGAGAGAUGGUCCAGCGAUGCCAGUCGUCGGAAGUGUCCACGUCUUCAGAAGACAACAGAAACUGUUUGGAGGCAAGUCGACUUCGUCCGAGACCUGAUUCUAGGUACCCGCCGACGACAUUUGCCUGCAACUCGUCUGCUGUUACCACCCCUCCGAAUGCUGCCGCCUUCCAUUCCGGAAACUGUUACCGUCCGAUAAGAAGUCUUCCCAGCGCUACCAGCCAAUCGAGCGAGGAGGGAGAGGAGGAAGAAGAGGAGGAGGAGGAGGAAGAGGUAGAUGCGGAGGAGCCCCACGUUCUGGCCCCACCCUCGUCGGUGCCCCGUGGGGCGCAUGGGCCGAGGCCUUGCCUCCUCUGGGCCUGCAAAGCUUGCAAGCGAAAGACUGUUGCCAUCGACAGGAGAAAAGCAGCCACCAUGCGGGAGAGGAGGCGCCUCAGAAAAGUGAAUGAGGCGUUCGAGACACUGAAACGCCGCACCAGCCCCAACCCAAACCAGCGAUUGCCCAAGGUGGAAAUUCUCCGCAAUGCCAUCGACUACAUCGAGAACCUGGAGGAACUGCUGCAAGGGGCACAUCAUGUUUUCGGAAGACACCCGCGGCAGGUUAUUGGAGAGAGGAAGAAUCUACUGCACCCAUUCGAAUACCGGGGCGUGCCCAGUCCACAGUACGUGGACGACCGAUAUCGGCACUACAACGGAGAAGCCCAAAAUUUCAGCCCACUAUCCGGCUCCGACCCACCACAGAGCGGAUCUUCCGUGUCCAGCCUGGACUGCUUGUCCCUCAUCGUGGAGAGCAUAAGCUCUGGAGCCACCAGCCUGGUGGGCACCGCGACCGGACAUCCAGACACCAGGCCAGUCUAG